CAUAUUCUAAAUAUUUACAUUUUAGACUUUCCAAGAGCCAGGUUUUAAGAUGAUAUGAGAAGUGAAAGAUCCCUUGUGUUACUUGGAGUUGUUUUCCACAGGAGAAAGUAGCUUCCUACAUGGAACUGAGCAGCCGCCCCAACAACCCGCCCUUGUAAUGAUUUAAUUAAAAAUAAAUCCCUGCCGUAGCUUAAAACGUGUGCAUGAAAUGCCCCUUUAAAGUCAAACUGAAGACUUUAGAUGUUAUUAGAGGCAGAAAUGGGUCAAAUAUUCUUCGGGUUGUCCUGUCACCUGCCAGAUCUGCCCUCUGUAAGGAGAUGAAGCUCCCCAGCAGAGCGCUCAAGCCUCCCUCUCCAUCUGACUUUCUGGACAAACUGAUGGGGCGAACAUCUGGCUACGACGCUCGCAUCAGACCCAAUUUCAAAGGUAAAAGCGCUGCGGUGUGAGCAGCCCGUUUGUGAAGCGAUCUGAGCAGCCAGGGAGCACAAAGUCACUCACAGACGAACAAGAGUGGGGAGAUUUCUGCAGGCGAGGAUGUUUUCUCCUUAAUCGCGGCUUGUGACUGUUCUCCCCGCUGACCCACAGCCUUGAGUUAGGAUUCUCUUUUCUUUUCCAUCACGAUUUUACUCUGUCACAAGUGUGCAGUCAUCCUUGCAUGUUACCCCACAGGCCUAUUUCAGUCCAGUCCUGAGCAGCGUCUGUGAGUGAAGCCAGCAGAUUCCCUCUGACAUGCUUCGCCUUUAGCCUCCAGGGUCGAGAUUCAUAUUUAUUUCAUGUUUGCUCCGCACCCCCCCCCCCCCCGUCAGUGCAUGCUGGGUAAAUCUCCCACCGAUUAGCUAUAAAUACACUAAUGUAACUAAAGCAGAAUCAAUAAAUUAUUGCAUCUGGAAAAGAGCGGUUGAAAUAUUUAUCCCGUCAGUGGGCCGCAGAUGGAUUACACCAACGGGAGUGUACCAGGAAUGACAACAUAAUAAGAUGUGCCUGUUUAGUCCCGUAACAUGGCCCCGACGUGGAGGUAACAAGCAGAUGUUACUUUGGAGGAAAGCUAUGCUUCUUGUCGGUCCCGGUAAUUUGUGUGUUCUGCUUAGAAAACAUCGUUUUGUGUUUAGGGAAAGUGUUUUUCGGUGAUGUUUGGUGACGGUUUGCUUCUGUCAGGUCCUCCUGUCAACGUCACAUGCAACAUCUUCAUCAACAGCUUUGGAUCCAUCACUGAAACAACCAUGGACUACCGGCUAAAUGUGUUUCUACGGCAGCAGUGGAAUGACCCCCGACUUGCCUAUAAGGAGUAUCCAGAUGACUCCCUGGACUUAGACCCCUCAAUGCUGGACUCCAUCUGGAAACCCGAUCUAUUCUUUGCAAACGAAAAGGGAGCAAACUUCCAUGAAGUUACGACCGACAACAAACUGCUCCGGAUAUUCCAGAAUGGAAACGUCCUCUACAGCAUCAGGCUGACGCUCACUCUCUCCUGCCCCAUGGAUCUGAAGAACUUCCCCAUGGAUAGCCAGACAUGCAUAAUGCAGCUGGAGAGCUUUGGCUACACCAUGAACGACCUUAUUUUUGAGUGGCUGGAUGUCGGAGCGGUGCAGGUGGCCGAUGAUCUGACGCUCCCCCAGUUUGUGCUGAAAGAGGAGAAAGGUCUUGGUUACUGUACCAAGAACUACAACACAGGUAAAUUCACCUGCAUCGAGGUUCAAUUCUACCUGGAGCGUCAAAUGGGCUACUACCUGAUCCAGAUGUACAUACCGAGCCUGCUCACCGUCAUCCUUUCCUGGGUGUCCUUCUGGAUCAACAUGGACGCCGCGCCGGCCAGAGUGGGUCUGGGAAUCACCACGGUGCUCACCAUGACAACACAAAGCUCAGGCUCCAGAGCCUCUCUGCCAAAGGUGUCUUACGUCAAAGCCAUAGACAUCUGGAUGGCCGUGUGUCUCCUCUUCGUGUUUGCCGCGCUGCUGGAGUACGCAGCUGUUAACUUCGUUUCACGCCAGCACAAGGAGUUCUUCAGACUCAGGAAGAAGCUUAAAGAGCAGCAGCAGCGGCAGCAGCAGCAGCAGCAGCAGCAGCAGAGAGCUGGAAGCAGUGACGGCAAGGGGAAGGGAAACACCACGCCAGGAAACAAUGCUGCUCAUGGGAGCGCAACCCAGCGGUGCAGUGCCUGUGCCAGGGAAGAGGAGCUGGCGCAGCAAGGGUUUCUCCUCCAGAGCAUUGGACUCUCCCUGUCCAGCGCCCCGGAAAUGGACGCAACGCCGGUCUUCGCCGACUUGCCUCCCGGUUUAGGUUUUUAUGAAAUCCAGCGGCGUUUCGUGGAGCGGGCGAAGAGGAUCGACACCAUCUCCAGAGCCGUGUUCCCCAUGAGCUUCCUCAUGUUUAACGUGCUCUACUGGCUCACCUACAAAGUUCUACGGCACGAGGACCUCCAGUUCACUCUUUGACCACCGUGAUCACGCCAGGGACUUUUGAACGUGAAACGUUUGCAGACUGAGCGGCAUUUAUUGAGCCACGCAGAGGAUGUCGGACUGCAUGUGCAGUGCCACUGAAAAAUUCUAUCAUAAAACAAAUCGUGUGGGUUUUUCUUUUUAUUUUAUUUCUUUUGAUGAGAUUUGCACUUAAUUUGCACUUUGUAAGCAUUGCAUAUCAGAUUACAGUGUGUGUAUAACCUUCCUCUAUCACUUGUGUUUGGAUGCUGUAAAAUCAGGUCAGUACAUUUUACAGUGCACUUAUUCAACUCAAGGGCCCUCCACACUUGCUGGUACCUCUGGUAAACGUGUGUAAAAGCAAUAAAAUUAAUAUUUUAUUACAGUA